AUUGAAUUUGAUCCAACAUGGCUGUCGCCAUGAGAGGGUUAGUGAGCAGAAAUGUUUCGUGCGUUUUUGGUUCUUGCCGAAGUAUACUAGGAUUUAGAGCUAAUUUCUACUCAACAAAGCCAGCUCAAGAAGAUAGUAGCCAACAGAAAGAGCCUGAAUUAUGUAAAGGAGUAAAUUACCUGAAAGAUGAGUCCGACCCCCCUUUGCUACCUGACAGCGAAUACCCAGACUGGUUGUGGGACUUGUUAGAUCCGCCAAAAGAGGACUCAGUCACCUAUCGUCGGAGAAUGAGCAAGCGAAUGAGAAGACAAGAGAAUGAGAUUAGAAGACAGAAAAAGUUUUGAGUAAAAAAUAAAACGGUUGACACAUUCUCAGGAAACGUAUAUAAGGAAUAUUACAGGGAUAAAGAAUUACACGCUAUGGGCACAGUGAGACAUUUUUACAUCCAAGAAACCUAUUCUUGAUGUAAUGAAAUAUAUAAUAAAAGUUACAUAAGCUUGUUA